AUGAUGGCCGGCGGGGCAGUGCAGCAAAACGGGAUUUUCUCGAAUCCACACCAUCACAAUCAACAGCCGCACAUGGAGUCCGAUCCCCCUGAUUCCCGUAAAAGACCGCUGGAGACACCAACGGAGGCCAGCAGCACCAAACGCACAAAUACAGGAGAGGAAGGGGAAUACUUCCUAAAGGUGCUGAUCCCCAGCUAUGCAGCCGGCUCCAUCAUUGGCAAAGGAGGACAGACCAUUGUCCAGCUCCAGAAAGAGACGGGUGCAACCAUCAAGCUGUCCAAAUCCAAAGACUUCUAUCCCGGAACGACAGAGCGAGUCUGUUUAAUCCAAGGCACUGUGGAGGCCCUUAACAGUGUGCAUAACUUCAUUGCAGAGAAGGUGCGAGAGAUGCCCCAGAGUGCCCAGAAGACGGAGCCUGUUAGCAUACUACAGCCGCAGACCACCGUCAACCCAGACCGCGUUAAACAGGCCAAGCUAAUAGUGCCCAACAGCACGGCAGGUCUAAUCAUUGGUAAGGGUGGUGCCACCGUCAAAGCAGUGAUGGAACAAUCUGGAGCCUGGGUACAGCUUUCCCAGAAGCCAGAGGGCAUCAACCUUCAGGAACGUGUGGUCACCAUCAGCGGAGAACCUGAGCAGAACCGCAAGGCCGUGGAGAUCAUUGUCCAGAAGAUCCAGGAGGACCCGCAGAGCAGCAGCUGUCUCAACAUCAGCUACUCCAACAUCUCUGGCCCAGUGGCCAACUCCAACCCCACCGGCUCCCCUUAUGCCAACUCCGCCGAGGUGAUGCCUGCUGCAGCGGCAGCGGCAGCGGCCACGGCCUCCAGCCUCCUGGGGCAGGCCAACCUGGCAGGGGUGGGUGCCUUCCCCACCACCAUGUCCAGCUUCUCAGGUAACGACCUUCUGGCUAUCACCUCAGCCCUCAACACGUUAGCCAGCUACGGAUACAACACCAACUCCUUGGGUCUGGGGCUUAACCCAGCUGCCGCCUCAGGGGUCCUGGCAGCUGUGGCAGCUAGCGCCAACCCUGCCGCGGCAGCUGCUGCCAACCUCCUGGCCUCUUACGCCAGCGAUGCAUCCACUAGCGCUGGUCACCCUGCUACCACUCUGGGAGGCUUCACUCUGGGCUCUCUGGCCGCCGCCACAGGGGCCACCAACGGGUACCUGAGUGCUGCCUCUCCGCUGGUAGCCAGCUCGCUCUUAGCUACCGAGAAACUGGCGGAGGGGGCCAAGGACGUUGUUGAGAUCGCUGUGCCCGAAAACCUAGUGGGAGCCAUCUUGGGAAAAGGCGGGAAGACGCUAGUGGAGUACCAGGAACUGACCGGCGCCCGAAUCCAGAUUUCCAAAAAGGGAGAGUUCAUUCCUGGGACCAGGAACCGUAAAGUUACCAUAACAGGAUCGCCAGCGGCAACACAGGCAGCCCAGUAUCUCAUCAGCCAGAGAAUCACAUACGAGCAAGGGGUACGGGCCACCAAUCCACAGAAGGUGGGCUAA